AUUGAGUCGUGCAUUCCCAAUCCCCCGUCUUGCCUCUGUAAAAUAAACUCAAACCCCCAUUUUCCCAAAACAAAGUAAUCUCACACGCAUACAGAUUUUGCAUAAUUGGAUUGGAUUUUCGUUUUUGUUGCCUAUUGGAUCCGAUUUCAAACCCUAGAUUUGAGUGGAACAUAAUUUUGAUCUCUGUGCUAAAAAGAAAAUGGCGCAUCGAAGAUCAAAAUUAUUGCUCAUUUUGUGCAUUUAUAGUUACUGUCUAAUUUCCCUUGCUGCGAAGAGUUACUACGACAUUCUGCAGGUGACUAAAAGCGCUUCUGAUGACCAAAUAAAACGAGCUUACCGGAAGCUUGCGUUGAAAUAUCAUCCGGAUAAGAACCAAGGAAAUGAAGAAGCUAACAAGAAAUUUGCUGAAAUUAACAAUGCAUAUGAAGUGUUAUCGGAUGGUGAGAAGAGAAGUAUAUAUGAUAGGUACGGUGAAGAGGGACUUAAACAGCAUGCUGCCAAUGGUGGUGGUAGUAGAUCUGGUGGAAUGAAUUUCCAAGACAUAUUUAGCUCGUUUUUUGGUGGAGGCCCAAUGGAAGAAGAAGAGAAGAUCGUGAAAGGCGAUGACGUGAUUAUUGAACUGGAUGCAACACUUGAAGAUCUGUAUAUGGGGGGUUCUUUGAAGGUUUGGAGGGAGAAAAAUGUGUUAAAACCAGCCCCUGGAAAGAGGCGCUGCAAUUGUAGAAAUGAGGUUUAUCACAAGCAAAUUGGUCCAGGGAUGUUCCAGCAGAUGACAGAGCAGGUCUGUGAACAAUGCCCAAAUGUGAAGUUUGAAAGGGAGGGUUAUUUCGUUACUGUGGAUAUUGAAAAAGGAAUGCAGGAUGGGCAAGAAGUUGUCUUUUACGAAGAUGGGGAGCCCAUUAUAGACGGUGAAGCUGGAGACCUGAAGUUUCGCAUUCGUACUGCACCUCAUGAUCGCUUCAGGAGGGAAGGAAAUGACCUGCACACAACAGUUACUAUUACUUUGGUGCAAGCUCUUGUUGGUUUUGAGAAGACUAUCAAACACCUCGACGAUCAUUUAGUGGAUAUAAGCUUCAAGGGUAUUACGAAACCGAAGGAAGUGAGAAAGUUUAAAGGAGAAGGGAUGCCAUUACAUUUUAGCAAUAAGAAUGGCGAUUUAUAUGUCAAGUUUGAGGUUCUUUUCCCAACUUCACUAACAGAGGAUCAAAAGACAAAGAUCAAGGCAAUUCUUGAUUAAUUGAUACAAAUUCCCAUCAUGGGGGGCUUUUUUUUUUAAUUACCUUUUUUCCCCCCUCUCUCGGUGGGCGGUGGGUGGAAUUGGGUUAAGAUUUCCUAUUGAGGUUUGGUUUCUACCUCACCACAUAUGUCUAACAUGUUAUGUUGAAUUAGCUUUAGAUGUAUUUAAGGAUUAUAUGCAUCUUGAUAUCGAUCCUACUGUUGAAAGAAUUGAGAAUCGGACGUCCUCUGUAUUUUUGGGAAUUUAUGUAAUAUUUUUCAUCCAAUUGCGAUGGGGAAAUUUUGGUAGUUUUUUCAA